UUCCACAGACCUGAAAUGAAACCACGAAUUUUGCGCUCCCUUGAGGGCAAGAUUCAUCGAAACUACAACAUCGAGAACUUCGUACGACACGUCUGGCAAGGCGAAGUUGAUGCACAUAGGCUGUCUCCCGAUGUCCGGCUCACUCUACCUAAAGCCCUCCGAAGACUGCUUGGCUGCUACGACGAGCGGAUACUACGACGAAUCAAGCUCAAGACUCUUACGGAAGACGAGCUUGACCAUGCACAUGACCUGUGGAAGGAGACAACAUCCUCCGCUUUCGCGUUGGAUAUGCAGACUCACGAUUGGGAGGAGGUCAAGUGCAUCCGGUGGACACACUGGCAUCGCGUGAAGGCCUUCGUCCACGUAGUCAAGAGCGACGAGCCAUCUUCAGACGAGUGUAUUCAACAGCCGGUAGCCUCCAGGUCUUCGAGGAAGGACGGGCUCACUGGUGCCGAAGCACAGACGUUGCAGUACGUUUUGCCUCUCAUGUCCUCCAGCGCGCGGGGUUGGACAAGCGGUAUCGUUAUCCGUGAUCACGAGGCCACCUUUUGGUACAUCGACCGUAUGGGCGUCGUCAUCUCACAGACCUUCAACAUCUUCCUCGAACCAUACCAUCUGUGGAGCGCCGGUCUUGCCAUCGCGAAGGCUGCCACUACUUCCAUGGGUAUCUGCCCGCUCAUCACCUUCACAUCCCCCGACGAGAUCGACUUCCGCAAAGCACGGUUGGAUGCGGUCGAUCUUCGCGAUGCCGAAGGCGUCCAACUUGAUGCCAUCACGCUCAAGUGCGCAGGCGAUGAAAAGGUGCCGCUCACUGUCACUGCGAUCGUCGGGCGUGGCACAACGGUCUUCAGUGCGCUGGCCGCCGGAAAGACCAAGCAGCUCUUUGGCACUGAUCCUCUCGUCGUCAAGAUGUCCUGGUCACCUGUUCAUCACCAUGCAGAGGAUCAAAUCAUUCGAGCAGUGCGACGGACGCUUAAGAAGCGCAAGCCUCAAUACCUCCCAUCUAUCCCCGAGUUGAAAUGCUCGCUAGAUCUAUCGGUGGAGGACAGUGGCCUCCCACGGGCCUCUUUCGGAUUGCCCCUUCCGUCUGAAGAGCGAAUCUUCCGUUUACAAGUAAUGGAGGAGUACCUGCCUCUGACGGCGGUCGGCGACGUUGAGGAGUUCAAGAUUGUAUUCCUGGAUGCUGUCCAAGCACAUCACUGGGUAUAUGAGAUUGCCAAUAUCCUGCAAAUGGACAUCAGCCUGGAAAACAUUAUGAUUGCCGAGCGCGACGGGCAGAUCCACGGUGUCCUGGGCGACUGGGAUCUCGCAGGCGCACCUAUCCCACAUAACCAGCCAAGAAGUGAGCGGAAGCGUCUCGGUUCCCGACCUUUCAUGUCUGCGGACUUCUACGCCUCCUGGUGGACCGGCGAGCACUUCUAUCGGCACGACCUGGAGUCGUUUUACUACGUCCUUGCAGCGUUCUGUGCUGGCUUUGAUCCGGAAAGUCAUGCCGUGCGCCUGCUCGACGACUGGCUCGCUGAGGCCCAGAAUGGGAAGGCUGACAGGAGGAGGUCAUUGGCGAAAUAUCAUGACGCUUUCUUUCAGUACGCUGCACCGGAUUUCCGCGAGCUCGCCAAUACUUGGGUUGUAGCGCUGAGCAACCUCUUCCACAAGACGAUCGGCGUUACCUACGCUCAGCUUAACUCCAUGCAUGCCAUAUAUCUCAAGGCAUUGAAGGACGAUGACCCCGAUUUGGCGGCUGAUACGGAAGAUCUCAUGUCCAAGUACAUGGAUGAUCGGGGGAGGGAUGUCAUGUACCGCAAGUUUCUGCAGUGUCUCGGCGUCGACGACCCCGCAUGCAGGUGUAUUCACUAGGACUCUUGGUUUGUGAUCUCAAUGUGAGCUCAAUGUACAGUAGCAUCCACGAAUUUAUCAUUAUCGUUAUGUCCAGGACACAACUCGCGCUCUUCAGUAAAACGUAAGUGAAGGUAUAG